AGAUACUCGUCCGCCCACAAGCUCGCUGUUUUGCAUGACUUGGAGUAUCUCUGAGGGCCAAGAGUUAAAUAUGCUCACUGCCAGCCAUCACAAACACACCCAGGGCAAGAUGAGGUCGUCCACAGCCUUGCUAGCAGUGUUGGCGUUUCUAACUCAUGAGUCUUCAGCCAGUAAAUUUCUGACACAACCUGACAAAUCCAAGACCGUCGGUCUGGAGGGGACUGUGUCCAUCAGUGCCACGGGGAGCUCAGAUAUUGGUGCUGACCUCAGCUGGUACAUCCAGAAACCUGGAGAAGCUCCCAAACUGCUGAUAUACCGUGCAGUCACCCUCUUUUCAGGGACUUCAGCUCGGUUCAGCGGCAGUAGAUCUGGGACUAGCUACACUCUCACCAUCUCUGGUGUCCAGAGGGAGGAUGCAGGAGUUUAUUACUGUCUGGGUUACCACGGUGGCAAUGUGUGGACUUUUGGUGGAGGCACCAAACUCAUCGUUGACUUGGGAGUGGUGCAGCCCACGCUGAGCGUCCUCCCUCCCUCCAGAGUGGAGCUGGAGCAGGGCAGUGCUACACUAGUGUGUGUGGCCAGUGGGGGCUUCCCCUCAGACUGGAAGCUUGGCUGGAAGGUGGGGGGCAGCAGCAGCAGGUCUAGGGGGGUGUCUGAUAGCCUGGGGGUCCUGGGGAAAGAUGGCCACUACAGCUGGAGCAGCACCUUGACCCUCCCUGCAGACCAGUGGAGGAAGGCGGGCUCAGUGAGCUGUGAGGCCAGUAAGAAUGGCCAGACGCAGCCUGUCACUCAAACCCUGAAUCCUGGAGAGUGUUCAGAGUAG